AGUCAGUCGCGGAGCAGGAGCCCCGCGCGCAGCCUGCGCGGGCUCGGCCAUCGGCGCGCCGCUGCCCGAGGUGGCUGGGGCUGUGGGAGAGGCGGCGGGCUGCAAGCGCGCGAUCACAGCCACGGCCACAGCCACGGCCACGGCGCCGCGGGUGGCUCGGUCCCGAUUAGGGGUAGCGCUUAGGCGGGCUCAUCACUGGAUCCCAGCGAGGAUUUGGGCUCCGCGGGCGCGCCCUCCGCUCUCUCUCCCGGUGGCGCCAGACUCUAAGCGGGGGCCAGCGGGAGGGCAGGAGGAUCCAGGACGCCGUCCCCACGCCCGGGAGCCGCGGGACUUCGGACUUGUGCAACUGUUGUCACUUUGGGGUCUGGUGUUUCGCUGCUGUCGCGUCUACCCUGGCAGCCUGCAGCUUAGGCUCGGGUCUCCCUUGGCUUCCCGAGGCUACCGGCCGCCGCCGCCCCGAGGCGGCCCGGCGCGUACUCAGCACCAUGAGGACACUUGGGACUUGCCUGGUGACUUUAGCUGGACUUUUGCUAACUGCGGCCGGAGAAACAUUUUCAGGUGGCUGCCUCUUUGAUGAACCAUACAGCACAUGUGGAUAUAGUCAAGCUGACGAAGAUGACUUCAACUGGGAGCAGGUGAACACCCUGACCAAACCGACCUCUGACCCCUGGAUGCCAUCAGGCUCCUUCAUGCUGGUCAACACUUCUGGGAAACCAGAAGGCCAGAGAGCUCACCUGCUCCUGCCUCAGCUUAAGGAAAACGACACCCACUGCAUCGACUUUCACUACUUUGUAUCCAGCAAGAGUAAUGCUGCUCCCGGGCUGCUCAAUGUCUAUGUGAAGGUGAAUAAUGGACCACUGGGGAAUCCCAUCUGGAACGUAACCGGAGACCCCACCCGCACGUGGCACAGGGCAGAGCUGGCCAUCAGCACGUUCUGGCCCAACUUUUACCAGGUGAUUUUUGAAGUUGUGACCUCUGGCCAUCAAGGCUACCUUGCUAUCGAUGAAGUUAAGGUCUUAGGACACCCGUGCACAAGAACUCCCCACUUCCUGCGGAUUCAGAAUGUGGAGGUGAAUGCCGGCCAGUUUGCUACCUUCCAGUGCAGCGCCAUAGGCAGGACAGUGGCUGGGGACCGGCUCUGGCUGCAGGGAAUUGAUGUCCGAGAUGCCCCUCUGAAGGAGAUAAAGGUGACUAGUUCCAGAAGAUUCAUAGCCUCGUUUAACGUUGUAAACACGACCAAGAGAGACGCUGGGAAGUAUCGCUGCAUGAUUCGCACAGAAGGAGGUGUCGGGAUAUCAAACUACGCAGAAUUGGUAGUUAAAGAGCCACCUGUUCCCAUCGCCCCACCUCAGCUCGCCUCUGUCGGAGCAACCUAUCUGUGGAUACAGCUCAAUGCCAACUCCAUCAAUGGGGAUGGACCCAUUGUGGCCCGCGAGGUUGAGUACUGCACAGCCAGUGGGAGCUGGAAUGAUCGGCAGCCAGUGGAUUCCACGAGUUACAAGAUUGGGCACCUUGACCCAGACACAGAGUAUGAGAUCAGUGUGCUUCUAACCAGACCAGGAGAAGGCGGCACUGGAUCUCCCGGGCCAGCUCUGAGAACAAGAACAAAGUGUGCCGAUCCCAUGCGUGGCCCGAGAAAACUAGAAGUUGUGGAGGUCAAAUCUCGACAAAUCACCAUCCGCUGGGAGCCGUUUGGAUACAAUGUAACUCGUUGCCACAGUUAUAAUCUCACAGUGCACUAUGGUUACCAGGUUGGAGGGCAGGAGCAGGUGCGAGAAGAAGUGAGCUGGGAUACAGAUAACUCCCACCCUCAGCACACCAUCACCAACCUGUCCCCGUACACCAACGUCAGCGUGAAACUCAUUCUGAUGAACCCGGAGGGCCGCAAGGAAAGUCAAGAACUCACGGUGCAGACGGAUGAAGACCUCCCAGGAGCUGUCCCCACUGAAUCCAUCCAAGGCAGUGCCUUUGAAGAAAAGAUAUUUCUCCAGUGGAGAGAGCCGACACAAACAUAUGGGGUCAUCACUUUAUACGAGAUCACCUACAAAGCAGUCAGUUCCUUUGACCCGGAAAUAGAUUUAUCCAACCAAAGUGGGCGAGUCUCAAAACUGGGAAAUGAAACCCAUUUUCUGUUCUUUGGCCUGUAUCCUGGAACGACGUACUCCUUCACCAUCAGAGCCAGCACAGCGAAGGGGUUUGGACCUCCGGCAACAAACCAGUUCACCACAAAAAUAUCAGCACCAUCUAUGCCAGCCUAUGAAUUUGAGACACCUUUGAAUCAGACUGAUAAUACAGUGACUGUGAUGCUGAAACCUGCACAAAGCAGAGGGGCUCCAGUCAGUGUCUAUCAAAUUGUUGUCGAGGAAGAACGUCCUCGGAGAACAAAGAAGACAACAGAGAUCUUGAAGUGCUACCCAGUGCCGAUUCACUUCCAGAACGCUUCCAUCCUGAACUCACAGUACUACUUUGCUGCAGAAUUUCCCGCCGACAGCCUCCAAGCUGCUCAACCAUUUACCAUUGGUGACAAUAAGACAUACAAUGGCUACUGGAACACCCCCCUCCUCCCCCAUAAGAGCUACAGAAUUUAUUACCAAGCUGCUAGUCGAGCCAAUGGGGAAACCAAAAUUGACUGUGUCCGAGUGGCCACAAAAGGGGCCGUUACUCCAAAGCCUGUCCCUGAACCCGAGAAACAAACAGAUCACACGGUUAAAAUCGCCGGAGUGAUUGCAGGCAUCUUGCUGUUUGUUAUCAUAUUUCUUGGAGUCGUGCUGGUCAUGAAGAAGAGGAAACUGGCCAAGAAGAGGAAGGAGACGAUGAGCAGCACCCGGCAGGAGAUGACAGUGAUGGUGAAUUCUAUGGACAAGAGCUAUGCUGAGCAAGGCACCAACUGCGACGAAGCCUUCUCUUUCAUGGGCACACACAACCUUAAUGGGAGAUCUGUGUCCUCGCCAUCAUCCUUUACAAUGAAAACAAACACGCUGAGCACAUCGGUGCCGAAUUCCUAUUACCCAGACCCAUUUGUGCCAACUGCAAUCUUAGUGCCAAUCAAUGAUGAGACCCACACAAUGGCCAGCGACACCAGCAGCCUGGCACAGCCCCAUACUUAUAAGAAACGCGAGGCCGCAGAUGUGCCUUACCAGACUGGGCAGCUUCACCCGGCCAUCCGUGUGGCAGACCUCCUCCAACACAUCACUCAGAUGAAGUGCGCUGAGGGCUAUGGCUUCAAGGAGGAGUAUGAGAGCUUCUUUGAAGGACAGUCUGCACCAUGGGACUCUGCUAAGAAAGACGAGAACAGAAUGAAGAACAGAUACGGGAACAUCAUUGCAUAUGAUCACUCUCGGGUACGGCUCCAGAUGCUGGAAGGGGACAACAAUUCAGACUAUAUCAAUGGCAAUUACAUCGAUGGCUAUCAUCGACCCAAUCAUUAUAUUGCAACCCAAGGACCCAUGCAGGAGACUAUCUAUGACUUCUGGAGGAUGGUGUGGCAUGAGAACACAGCAAGCAUCAUCAUGGUGACCAACCUUGUGGAAGUGGGAAGGGUGAAAUGCUGUAAAUACUGGCCAGAUGACACCGAGAUCUACAAAGACAUUAAAGUCACCCUAAUAGAUACAGAGCUGCUGGCAGAAUAUGUGAUAAGAACGUUUGCUGUGGAAAAGAGAGGCAUUCAUGAAAUCCGAGAGAUCAGACAGUUUCACUUCACGGGCUGGCCAGACCACGGAGUCCCCUACCAUGCCACUGGCCUGCUGGGAUUUGUCCGGCAGGUCAAAUCCAAGAGCCCACCCAAUGCAGGCCCGCUGGUGGUACACUGCAGUGCUGGAGCAGGAAGGACAGGUUGCUUCAUUGUUAUCGAUAUCAUGCUGGACAUGGCAGAAAGGGAAGGAGUGGUGGACAUCUACAACUGUGUCAGAGAGCUUCGGUCCAGGAGAGUCAACAUGGUGCAGACAGAGGAGCAGUACGUCUUUAUCCAUGAUGCGAUCCUGGAAGCCUGUCUUUGUGGAGACACCUCCAUCCCUGCCUCCCAAGUCAGGUCUCUCUAUUAUGACAUGAACAAACUGGACCCACAGACAAACUCAAGCCAAAUUAAAGAGGAAUUCCGGACUCUCAACAUGGUGACCCCCACCCUGCGUGUGGAGGACUGCAGCAUCGCACUCCUACCCCGGAACCACGAGAAAAAUCGCUGCAUGGACAUCCUGCCUCCAGACCGCUGUCUGCCCUUCCUCAUCACCAUCGAUGGAGAGAGCAGCAACUACAUCAAUGCAGCCCUAAUGGACAGCUAUAAACAGCCUUCAGCAUUUAUAGUCACCCAGCAUCCUUUGCCAAACACCGUCAAAGACUUCUGGCGACUGGUCUUGGAUUACCACUGCACAUCCGUAGUUAUGCUGAACGAUGUGGAUCCUGCCCAGCUGUGUCCACAGUACUGGCCAGAAAAUGGAGUGCACAGACAUGGCCCCAUCCAGGUGGAAUUCGUGUCUGCAGACUUAGAAGAAGAUAUCAUCAGCAGAAUUUUCAGGAUUUACAACGCCUCCAGACCCCAGGAUGGACAUCGGAUGGUUCAGCAGUUCCAGUUCCUGGGCUGGCCGAUGUACAGGGACACGCCCGUGUCCAAGCGCUCCUUCUUGAAGCUCAUACGCCAGGUGGACAAGUGGCAGGAAGAAUACAAUGGCGGCGAAGGCCGCACAGUCGUGCACUGCUUGAACGGAGGAGGCCGCAGUGGUACAUUCUGUGCCAUCAGCAUUGUCUGUGAGAUGCUCCGACACCAGAGAACUGUGGAUGUCUUCCAUGCUGUCAAGACAUUGAGGAACAACAAGCCAAACAUGGUGGACCUCCUGGAUCAGUACAAGUUCUGCUAUGAGGUGGCCCUGGAGUACCUGAAUUCGGGCUGAGAGCAUCAGCAGCCCUGCAGAGGAAUCCCUUCCUACCACCAAGUCAAGGAGUUCUACAGUGUCCGUGAUGAUCAGAAGAACUGUCAGUAUGCUUAUUUUGCUUUGCAUAAUUGGCUCUUUUUUAAGAGCCCAAGAAAGUGUUUCUAAAACUGCUUGCACUGCCCAGUUCCCUGUAAUGCUGCUGCGUGAUCAGACCCCAGCAGACAGUCCCAGAGACUGAACUCCUUGCCACUGGCCCUGUUAGAGCAGCGUAGAUACGUGGUCAAUCGAAGAGCACAACUAUAUUCUUAUGAAGGAAUUUGUACCUUUGGGGUAUUUUUUUUUGUGGCUGUGACCCUUUGUCAUUGUUACAACCAAGUGUAUGUUUUCGUUCUGUGGAGAAUGCUACCUGGCAUUAUGAUAAUAUAUUCUUUUAGUUAAUAUUUGUAUUUUAACAUGUUGCAUAAUAUAAGAUUAUAUAGCUUUCAGAGACUAACAGAUAAAGAUGUAAUGAACAAAGACACAUUGUAUGAGUUGUUGUUUCUAGCGGAUUUAUAUGGGUUCAGAGAGAAAACCUGGGGAGGCCUCCAUUCAAAAUGUAACCUGGUCAGUCACAGAUCCAAAGCUUUUCCAUUUGUUUAUAUUGUAAAUAUUUUUGAUUUCAUCAAAUUAUUUAUUCAUUAAAAGAAUUUUUUGUGACGCACA